CUGGCCGAGCAGGUGACGAAUGGGUAUUUGUCUGAUGACAGCCCGACAGGGCACGGCUUCAGUGAGCUGGUCUCUGCUGCCCCUGGGGCAGACGGGCUGCAGCCCGAGGGCUGCAAACGAAUACGCCAUCGGUUGUCACUGGAACUCCCGCUACGCGGUUCCACGGGGGCGGGGGCACUACUGCCCGUAGCGGGACCGGCAACUGCUCAGGUGCCGGGACAGACCGCUCCGGGAGGAGCCCCAGAGGCCGCCCUACGCCCCAGCGGGAGCCGCCACCUCCGCCGCUGUCCGGUACCGCUCCCGCCCCCGCGACCCCAUUGGCCAAGCCGCAGCUCAAAUAGGACCGGACAUCGGCAGCGGGAUCCAAGUGCCGAGGCCGUCCGGCUGCAGCGCUCGGCCUGGGCAGCAGCGGCGUCGCAUCCCGACAUGAGCAGCCCCGAUGCGGGCUACGCCAGCAGCGACGACCAGGCGCAGGGGCGGUGCUCACUGCCCAUCAUGAUGCCGGCCAUGGGCCCCUGUACGUGGGCAGAGGCGCUGAGCCCGCUGAGCGAGGCGAAGAGCAAGGGCGAGGCGGCGCCGUCGGGCGGCCGGAGCAAGAGCGAAGCGCGGAUCCGGCGGCCCAUGAACGCCUUCAUGGUGUGGGCGAAGGACGAGCGCAAGCGGCUGGCACAGCAGAAUCCGGACCUGCACAACGCAGAGCUCAGCAAGAUGCUGGGUAAAUCGUGGAAGGCGCUGUCGCUGGCGGAGAAGCGUCCGUUCGUGGAGGAGGCGGAGCGGCUGCGGGUGCAGCACAUGCAGGACCACCCCAACUACAAGUACCGGCCGCGGCGGCGGAAGCAAGUGAAGCGGCUGAAGCGUGUGGAGAGCGGCUUCCUGCAGCACGGCCUGGCGGAGCCGGCGGGGCCCGGGCUGGCCAGCGAGGCCAACGGCGGCGGCGGCGGCGGCGGCAGGAUGUGUGUGGAGAGCCUGGGUCUGCCUUACGGCGAGCAGGGCUACGCGGCGUCGGGGCACUACCGGGACUGCCCGCCGUUGGGCGCCGGCUUCGACGGCUACGGGCUGCCGACACCGGACCCAUCGCCGCUGGACGCGGCGGAGAGCGAGGCGCCGUUCUUCGCGGCGGGGCUGCAGGAGGAGUGCGCGCUGGGGCCCUACGGCUACGCCCCGCACUCGGCGAGCGAGUACCCGCCGGCGGCGGCUGCUGCUGCUGCUGCUGCUGCUGCUGCGGCCGAAAGCCCGUCGGGAGCCGCGCUGCGCCGGCACCUACCAGCCGGCGAGGCGCUGGGGCCGAGCGCCGGCUCGCUGCAGGGGCUGUUGGGCUGCUCGACGCCGCUCCACGCCUACUACGGGCAGGCUUACCAACCGCCGGGCCCGGGUCGCGGCCCGCCGCUGCCGCCGGGGCCGGUAGGUCAGCCGUCGCCGCCGCCGGAGCCGGGGCCGUGCCGGGAGCAGCUAGAGCACUUGCCGCCGGAGGAGCUUCUGGGCGAGGUGGAUCGCACCGAGUUCGAGCAGUACCUGCGCUUCGCCUGCAAGCCCGAGCUGGGGCUGACCUUCGCGGGCCACGACGGCGCGGGGCUAGCGGCGCCCGAGGGCGCGGGACCCAUCUCCUCGGCCGUGUCGGACGCCAGCAGCGCCGUCUACUACUGCGGCUACCCCGACGUGUGAGGGACCGGUUCGGGAGCCCGCCACGGACUGGCAGGGAGCUGCCCCCUUCAACUCCUAUUUAUGUAAUUUAUUGAAAUCUUGAGAACU